CUGUAUAGAAUAUUCCUGAAUAGACUACCAUCAGCUAAAUUAUAUAUAAAUACACCAUUACGUCCUAAAGAAAUCACAGCUGGCAACAUACACAGGGAAAACAACACUGGUUCCCGUUUCGACGGCAGAGCUGAACAUUCAAUAUUUGGAGGACACCGACUGGCUCCACAUACAUUUGACAAGUGGUUGAGAAUGCUGCUUAAAGCCGUUCCAAUUCUGGUACUUUUCCUCUGUGGCGCGUGCCUCGCUCUGGACACGUGGUCAUGGGCCAAUCACGGCAAGCCUCCCGUCUACACCGAAAUGGCCUACAUGAAAUCUGGAUGGAGCGAUAAGGUCUUCGGGGUCGGCAACGGCAAACUUCAAGAACGCUACUGGUCCACCUCCAGCUGGAGCUGGAUAUGGGCUAACCAUGGCGCUCCCUGGGGGUUAUUGUCCAAUGAAUAUUUGGCCGGUCCCCCGUGUGUCAUGAAAGAUGGAAGGGUCUACAUCAUCAGCAACAAAGGACGGCUUUUCGAGCGCUACUGGUCUACGGGUUCCAACACCUGGCUCUGGGCGAUUCACGGCAAACCGUUCGGUUGGGUGACGUUGCGGUACUCAGGGUGUGCCUGUACCUCGGGAGGAGGGGGCGUUGCACGUGUGUUUGCCGUGGGCACCAACAGCAGGCUUUACGAACAUUAUUGGUCCUGGUCUUCAAACGCCUGGGUGUGGCGAGACCACGGGACACCACCGGGGACGUCGAUUGGUCCCGCCGCCAUCGCCACGUGCAACCUGGCCACGUGCUCAACGCAGGUUUUCGUCGUGGGAGCCAACAGAUACCUGUACUCCCUGUACAUCACCUCAGCCAACCCGGGGGUGGCAACCUGGUAUUACAGGGGUAAACCCACCGGGGAAUACGUACAUGGGGUCUCUGUCGGACCCGCCGGGGUAUUCGUCACCACCUACGACAAUGAUAUAUGCGAGUACAGAUCUUCCAACUGGUACUGUCACGGGAAACCCUCAGGGUCUCUCUCCACACCGUCGACCACCAUCUCUGGAGCGUUCCCGGUGGACCAAUGCGCUCAGAUCUCUGAUACCCCCUCCUCAACGCGGAUGAUUUUCAUCAACAGCUGGGACCCUGGCUACAUCAAGAGGAGUCGCAUAUACAGCUUAAAGGUGAAAAACACAAAUAACGGCCAGUGGCGUUACCAUGGCACCAUUGGCUCGUGUUGUUACUACGUAGGGGCACCGGAACUGUUCCUGAGCGGUACCUGCCCAAAGGCUUUCUUCACCCAGAGUAAUGGUUAUGUGCGCGAACUUUGGGUACACUAAUUAAAAAUGCUUUAUCUUUUAUCUUUCACUAUAUUUCUCUGAAUUUGAGAUAUAUUCCAGUGGAACAUUUCGUACGCCGUGUAAUAGAUAACCAUACAAAUUUAGCGUACUUUGAAAUAGUAUCGAAUGUAAAAGAAUGCUUCCAUACAUUAUUAGAUAAUAAAUGUUGAGUAGGUGAAAUAGAAUAUCAUGCCAAUUAAGA